AUGUCCCUCGAUCCUCCCCCGUACCUGGGGUCCCUCCAGAACAACAUCCGCCAGCGACCGAUUCCGUGGGAUGGCGCAGCUAGAGCAGGCACCAUUACGGAGGGGCAAUUGGCCAAGAUCAGGGCCAUCGACAAAGUGAAGAAGGAACAGAGGAAACAAGUCGUAGAAGGCGAUCUGGACGGAUACCGGAUACUCUUUGUUGGGGAGAAUGAAACCCCUGGUGUGAUCGAAUCCGCGAGCAAGCGCUCAGAUGUCGUGCAGUACGUCCUGGUGCUGCUGGGCGACGUGCUAGAGUGCAUCCCAACUCUGGCGAAAGCCCUCUUCAAGAAUCCCGAUCCCUACAAGCAUUUCUUACCGCUCCUCGCGCACUCGAAUAACGCUGAAGAUCCUAUCCCUCUUCUGACGUCCCACGUUCUUACCACCCUCAUGGCAAACUCGAAGGACGAGUCCCCAUCAACCGAACAGGCCUUUCCUUUGAUCAUCAGCUACCUGUGUGGCUUGGCCAAGAACUCGACCGAUGCCGGACUGCAGGACAUUGCCGUCAUGGAAUACUCGUCGCUUCUCUACGGCCGAUCCUCUCGGCAGCUCUUCUGGAAGCAAAGAAGCGAAACGGUCGCACCGCUUAUUGACAUUUUGAAGAAGGCCGCAGGCGUUGGCGCGGAGUCCUCGGCGAGCCUGUGGAGCGGCAACGGUACCGCCAGAAGUGGUGGCACCGAGGCGUCUUUGGGCGGCGGCGUUGGCCUGCAGCUUCUCUACCACGUCUUGCUGGUGAUGUGGCAACUGAGUUUCGAAGCCGAAGACAUCGGCGACGAGAUGGAUGACGAGUACGAUGUGAUUCUCUUGUACACGCAGUUACUUCGGCUGUCCCCCAAGGAAAAGACUACUCGUCUAUUGCUAUCUACGCUGAAAAAUCUUCUCAGCACCAACCCCAGUUCCCUCCUACCUACAGCAGUCUUGGCUAGACUCCCAGCACUGCUGCAGAAUGUUAGCGGCCGCCACCUGAGCGAUCCGGAUCUGUUGGAAGAUCUGGACAAUUUGAAGGAGAUGCUGGAGGAGUACACCAAGACCAAGACUACGCUGGACGAGUAUGUUGCAGAGGUACGGUCGGGGCACCUCAGAUGGUCUCCGCCUCACAGAAACCAGACAUUCUGGACGGAAAACUCGCGCAAGAUUCUCGAAUUCGAGACCGGAGAGAUUGCCCGGAAACUGGCCGAGAUCAUGAAGAAGCCGUGGGAGAACGACAAGGCGGUGCUUGCAAUUGCUUGCAACGACGUCGGCUUUCUGGUGAAAGAAGUUCCGGAAAAGCGAUAUCAAUUGGAAAAGCUCGGACUCAAGGCCCGAAUUAUGGAGCUCAUGCAGGACUCGGAUGAGAAUGUGCGAUGGGAGAGUCUCAAGGCCCUAGGCGGGUGGCUCAAGUAUAGCUUUGAAAACAACUAA